UCCCCGCGCGCGGCCUGGUCGCCGCCGGCAGGCCCCCGCGUCGGGCUGCUGGAGGGCUGACCGGGAGCCGCCCCUCUGCCUCGUGCGAGAUAGGGCCCAAGGGCGGGCGGGGCCGAGGCGCCGGUCUCCGGAGGCCUCGCGAGAGGGGCCGGGGCGCUGGGCCGCGCGUGGGUGCGGGCGGGGCCCUGGAGGAGGCCGCGCCCCGGGCCCGGAGCGGCGGGACGCCCCCUGGGGGAGUGCGGGGCUGAGGCCGGGGCUGGCGGUUACGGAUACCGACUGGCGCAGUGCCGCGGAGGCGUCCGAGCUCUCCGCGUAAGGCAUCCUGAAAACGUGUGUUGGGCGCCUCCCGGAGUCAGCCCGGCGGCGAGGUGCGGAGGCGGCGACGGCCUCCGGCUCCCGGACGCUCUCCCGCGGCGGGGCCGAAGAAGGCCGGAGGGAGGGGACGGGACCGUGACGGCUGGACGCUGCCCCCUCGGCUAGCAGGUGCGCGGUUGGCGACUGGGAGGCGACGCGCGUGCUCGCCAGGGGAGAGAGCGCAGCCACCUGGACGGAUGGCGCUCGCCUUCGCCCGUGGAAGGCGGGGAGGGAAGAGCGAGACCGGAGUGGACCCCGCCUGUUUCUUUCCUAGUUAGACGCGGUCCUUGGAGAAGAUGGAAGGGGAGAGGCGACCGGCGCUGGUCCCGCCCUCCGAGAGCCUGUUUGCGGAUGGGCACCUGCUCUUGUGGACGCUGUGCUCGGUGCUGCUGCCGGUGUUCAUCACCUUCUGGUGUAGCCUCCAGCGGUCGCGCCGGCAGCUGCACCGCAGGGACAUCUUCCGCAAGAGCAAGCACCGGUGGCACGACACGGACCUGUUCAGCCAGCCCACCUACUGCUGUGUCUGUGCACAGCACAUUCUGCAGGGCGCCUUCUGCGACUGCUGUGGGCUCCGCGUGGACGAGGGCUGCCUCAAGAAGGCCGACAAGCGCUUCCAGUGCAAAGAGAUAAUGCUCAAGAAUGACAGCAAGGCCCUGGACGCCAUGCCCCAUCACUGGAUCCGCGGCAACGUGCCCCUCUGCAGUUACUGUGUGGUUUGCAAGCAGCAGUGCGGCAGUCAGCCUAAACUCUGCGAUUACAGGUGUAUUUGGUGCCAGAAAACAGUACAUGAUGAGUGCAUGAAAAGUAGCUUAAAGAAUGAAAAGUGUGAUUUUGGAGAAUUCAAAAACCUCAUCAUUCCGCCAAGUUAUUUAAGCGCCAUUAAUCAGAUGCGUAAAGACAAAAAAACAGAUUAUGAAAUGCUAGCCUCCAAGCUCGGCAAGCAGUGGACCCCAUUAAUAAUCCUGGCCAACUCUCGUAGUGGAACUAAUAUGGGAGAAGGGCUGUUGGGAGAAUUUAGGAUCUUACUGAAUCCAGUCCAGGUUUUUGAUGUAACUAAAACUCCUCCUAUCAAAGCCCUCCAACUUUGUACUCUUCUUCCCUAUUAUUCAGCUCGAGUGCUUGUUUGUGGAGGGGAUGGGACUGUGGGCUGGGUCCUGGACGCAGUUGAUGAAAUGAAGAUUAAGGGACAAGAAAAGUACAUUCCACAAGUUGCAGUCUUGCCUCUGGGAACAGGCAAUGAUCUGUCCAAUACAUUGGGUUGGGGCACAGGUUAUGCUGGAGAAAUCCCAGUCACACAGGUCUUAAGAAAUGUAAUGGAAGCAGAUGGCAUUAAAUUAGAUCGAUGGAAAGUUCAAAUAACAAAUAAAGGAUACUACAACUUAAGAAAACCCAAGGAAUUCACAAUGAACAACUAUUUUUCUGUUGGACCUGAUGCUCUCAUGGCUCUCAAUUUUCAUGCUCAUCGUGAGAAGGCACCAUCUCUGUUUUCUAGCAGAAUUCUUAAUAAGGCUGUUUACUUAUUCUACGGAACCAAAGAUUGUUUAGUGCAAGAAUGUAAAGAUUUGAAUAAAAAAGUUGAGCUAGAACUGGAUGGUGAGCAGGUAGCGUUGCCUAAUUUGGAAGGUAUUAUAGUCCUGAACAUCGGCUACUGGGGCGGUGGCUGCAGACUUUGGGAAGGGAUGGGGGACGAGACUUACCCUCUCGCCAGACACGAUGAUGGUUUACUGGAAGUUGUUGGAGUAUAUGGGUCUUUCCACUGCGCUCAGAUUCAAGUGAAAUUGGCAAAUCCUUUUCGAAUAGGACAGGCACAUACUGUGCGGCUGAUUUUGAAGUGUUCGAUGAUGCCAAUGCAGGUAGAUGGGGAACCCUGGGCCCAAGGGCCCUGUGUUGUCACCAUAACUCACAAGACUCGCGCAUCAAUGUUAUAUUUCUCUGGAGAACAAACCGAUGAUGACAUCUCUAGUACUUCGGAUCAAGAGGACAUAAAGGAGACUGAGUAGACGGAUAAGGACAUGAAAACUUAGCAUAGAAUCCUCACAAACAAGUAGAUCCAUCUGAAAGUAGAUUCUCUAGCAGCUGUUUAGUCUGAACUCACUAGUAGUAUAAUGGGUAUGCAUUUAUGUAACUAGCAUCCCCAAACAGCCAACCUCCAGUUAUUUACAAAUACUUGGGGAUUUUUUUCAGCGAAAUACUUGAUCAUAUAUAUUAGCUUUUAAAAAGUCACAAAAAGUUACACUAAAGUGAAAUGUAUUUUGUGGCUGCAUGUUUUGAGAAUGGAAUUCACGCUGGAGUACAUGGAUACACUGUCUCAUUCCUUACUGAACCACUCAGUUGAUGGGCACAUUACUUAUACUACCAACAAGAUGGAAGUGGAAAGAUGAUUUCUGUCUUACUUUUAACAUGGUGACACCAUGGAUUUUACAAAUUAAUUUGCUUUUUUGAAAGGAAAUGAUUAGUGUCAAGCCAGCAUGGUUAAUUCUGGGCACUUCCUGCAGCAUGCCUCAAGAUUUCCUGCAGCCCAGUCUAUGUAUAUAUUGACAAUACUUAAAAUUUUUAUUAUAAUUUUUAUUUUAGGAACAUGUUCAGACCGCUUAAUGUUGUUUGAUGAACCCUGUUCACAACCAUGUGGAGCUGAAAUUGAGGAUCCUUUUUCUAAUCCUAGCAUAGCCAAAAGAAAGCCAGAUAAAUGAAUUGGUAAAAAAUAAGAUUCAGAGCACUUUGGAUUAAAAGUUCCAAGUUGGAUAGUUCAUCAACUUCUCUUUUGAUUAAAAGACAAAU